ACCUGCUUAUUCCUUUCCCAUUAGUAUUGUAGAACUUCCGUGAAUUAGCAGUGCAUACAACGGAUGAUUUUUUAACUCGAUGGCAGUGUUGCCACACAAAUUGUCAUGACACGAUUAUAUAAUAUACAGAAUUCUUGAUGUUGAGUGUGGAUAUAUCGCUUUAAUGUCUGGAAAUUACCCAAAAUGGCAUCUUUCACUGGAUCAAUGAAAUUAAAAAUCUGCGAAGCGGUCGAUCUACGACCCACUGAUUGUGCCACUCGCCUUCAGAUGAGUGUAGCUAAAGCCGUACAGUUAAUUGACCCGUAUAUUUCAAUAGAUCUAGAUGACAUUCAUGUCUACAGGACGUCAACAAAGCCAAAAACUUUAAAACCAGUAUGGAAUGAAGAUUUUCAUUUGGAAGUCCAUAAUGGCCAAACUAUCGGACUGACAGUUUUCCAUGAUGCUGCCAUUCCUCCGGACGAAUUUGUGGCUAAUUGUUUCCUCUCUUUUGAUGACAUAAAAGACCAGAAAUCGAGAGACAUGUGGAUUGACCUGGAGCCAACAGGCAAGAUACAUAUAAUUAUACAGCUUUAUAAUGCAGAAUCCACUGAAGAGCCACCAAAAGAAAGAGUGUUCAAAGAGAAGGAAGGACUUCUUAAUCGACGACGUGGUGCUAUGCGCCGCAGAGUUCACCAAAUCAAUGGGCACAAAUUUAUGUCAACACUAUUUAGACAACCAACAUUUUGCUCAUUAUGUAGAGAUUUCAUAUGGGGUCUAUGGAAACAGGGCUAUCAGUGUCAAGUCUGCACAUGUGUUGUCCAUAAGAGAUGUCACAGUCAAGUUGUCACCAAAUGUCCCGGUUCUAAACAAGUACAGAAUGAUGAAGUAGUUUCUGGUCAAAGAUUUAGUAUAAACGUGCCACAUAGGUUCAAUAUACACAAUUAUAAACGGCCAACUUUCUGUGAUCAUUGUGGAUCUUUGUUGUAUGGGUUAAUAAGACAAGGAUUACAAUGUGAAGUAUGUAAAAUUAAUGUUCACAAACGAUGUCAAAAGAAUGUAGCAAACAAUUGUGGUAUAAAUACACGAGAAAUGGCGGAGAUAUUGUCCGAGCUAGGCAUAACUACUGAUAAACAUGGCACUAAGAAAAAGAACCAGGUUAUAUUAAAAACAGUAAAAGAUCUCACCUCCAGCAUGGAAGAAAAGCACUCAUACAGUGAUUCUCCUAGUAAAUCGUUACCAGACAAUAGAUCAUCGUCACCUUUAUCAGUGUUACCUGGCGAAAAUGAUGAUACAUUCAUAGGUGGUUAUGGGGAUAGCAAAAAUCUUCUUGUCUCAUGUCCUGACGAUUACCUGUCGGGGCGACCUCACAGUCCUUCACAUGACCGUAGAUGGAAAACGGAUAAAUAUUCUUUGUCAGAUUUUGUAUUUAUCAAAGUUUUAGGAAAAGGAAGCUUUGGUAAGGUCAUGUUGGCAGAGAAACGAGGUACAGAAGAAGUUUAUGCAGUAAAAGUUUUAAAGAAAGACGUUAUAAUACAAGAUGAUGAUGUAGAGUGUACAAUGACAGAAAAACGCAUUCUAGCUUUAUCGGCUAAACAUCCUUUUCUCACGGCACUUCAUUCAUGCUUCCAAACUAGGGAUCGUUUGUUUUUUGUGAUGGAAUAUGUAAAUGGUGGUGAUUUAAUGUUUCAAAUACAAAGGUCACGCAAAUUUGAUGAACCUAGGGCCAGAUUUUACGCAGCAGAAGUAACGCAAGCACUAAUGUUCCUUCAUCGAAAUGGUAUUAUAUACAGAGAUUUAAAAUUAGACAAUAUUCUAUUAGAUGCAGAGGGUCAUUGUAAAAUAGCAGAUUUUGGAAUGUGUAAAGAAGGAAUGCAUGAAAGUAAAUUAACACAGACUUUCUGUGGUACACCUGAUUAUAUAGCACCUGAAAUUUUACAAGAAUUAGAAUAUGACGCUUCGGUAGAUUGGUGGGCUUUAGGUGUAUUAAUGUAUGAAAUGAUGGCAGGCCAGCCUCCUUUUGAAGCAGACAAUGAAGAAGAUUUAUUUGAAUCUAUAUUACACGAUGAUGUAUUAUAUCCAGUAUGGCUUAGUAGAGAAGCUGUUGCAAUUUUAAAAGGGUUCAUGACAAAAAAUCCAGCAAAACGAUUAGGCUGUGUGAAACAGCAAGGAGGAGAAAAAGCAAUCUUAGUUCAUCCAUUCUUCCAUGAGAAGAUCGACUGGGAAGCUCUAGAACAAAGAAAAGUUAAACCUCCAUUUAAACCAAAAAUUAAAUCUAAAACUGAUGCCAACAAUUUUGACAAAGACUUUACUUCAGAAGAACCAACGUUGACACCUGUUGAUCCAUCCGUUGUCAAGGCGAUUAAUCAGGAAGAAUUUAGUGGAUUUUCUUUCAUUAAUCCAGACUAUGGAAAGACAUUUCAGUCAUCCGAUAUCCAUUAACACAGGAGUAAACAAUAAUUUGCCAACGUCCACGUCUUUCUGCAUCUAGUCAUUAUUCAUUGUAGUUGUCCUAAAUUAUGACAUCACUUCAGCGUCCGUCAACUCCCAUCAAAAUUUCUUUAAUAUUUUUUUCAAACCAAAUGGAUUUGUCCUGCAUAUACAUAAAAUAUUUGGCUCUGGACAUUAAACAAACAGUGAUUAAUCAAUCAUAUCAGAUCAGAGUUUUAAAUAUUACAUUUAUUUUAUCUUUAUUGUUUUGGAAUUGAUAUACAUAUGUCUCUCAUACACAAAAAAAUGAAAACAAAUAGGAAAUUUUCCUUAUCACUUAAACUUGAAUAGAUAUUUAUUCAACUUAAAGAGGUGAGCAGUACAUGUCAUUUUUAUAAUUCUUGUUUUUUAUGAUUUAUUGUUUUUAUGCAUAUUAGAAGCCGUUACUUUAAUUGAUAUUGAACAAUUUUUAAGGCUAUUCACAUUGACAGUUAAAUGAUUGUAAUUAAAUUUUUAAUUUAUUUAUUAAAUUGCCGACAAUGUUACAAACUCAUAAAAUCAUGUGACUUAUCUUACAGCAGGGUAUACAGAUUCAGCCAUUAAAUUUUCUUGCUCACCUGGACAACAAGUGCAAGUGAGCUAAGAGCAUUACUUGGCAAAAGUAAACAAAUCUUGAUCUGAAACUUAAACCAGACCAAAUUUGGCUGCAAUCAUUAUUAAUGUAUGGAAUUUUGAAGAAAAAAAUCAUGCUAUAUUUGCAAGAUAUAAACUUGAUGAUACAACCUUUGUCUUUAUAUUGUAGAGUUAGGGUAAAUCUUUCUGUUGAAUUUGUAUUUUACAAUUCACUACAAUUCUACUAUGUUUGGUUCAUCUUUAACCUGUUUUUUUGCCCUAGCAUCUGGUUUUGCAUUUAUAAGGUCUAAUUUCCAGAAAACUUGUAUUUUUUCAUUGGUAUUUUUCAGUAUCCAAGUAUUGAUAUUGUACAACACAUCUAUGUUUGGGUCGCCAUGACCUAAUUUCACACUUGAAAAAUGAGUGAUAAGUGUACAAAUUAAUUCAUUUCUUGUAAACUUGAUGUUAUUUACUAUUGUUUUUUUACCACUGUAAUCCUUCUAUAUACGUUAGCUAAUUUGUGCAACACUGAUUUGAUGUCUUAAAAUGUCAACAUCUAUUUAGAUAAUUUUGAAAAGGAAUUUAAAUUCAGUUGUAAGUUGAUAUCAGAUAUUUGUUUAUAAUUCCAUCACCUGAUCUAAAGGGUCUUUUCUGACCUGAAUAUUGUGUUCAAAUAAUACAAGUGAUCCGUUUUUACAGGUUUCAGCCUUUCCUGAUGCAAGAGUUUAGUUCAGAUAGUUUUUUUUAUUCAAACAGGUGUAUUUUGCUCUUAUUUUAGAUAAAGUCACGGUAAUCUGUUUCAGAAUUGUAAAUUGAUGUGCAAUAAUUUGUGUUCUCUCUCUUCCAAACUUGGUACAGAUUCAUGAAGUUGUAUACCCAUGGUUGAUAGGUCAUGAUGAAUAAGUUAUGUGUUCAAUUGAAGUUCAACAACUACAGAUCGAUAAAAUUUAGAAUUUUGAAUAUAAUAUUUUAAUUUAUUUGGAAAAAGAUAUUUUUCAGAUCUGAUAUACGUGCAUUCAUUUUUUUAAACCAUGACUGUUUUUAUUUUGUACUUUAAAUUAAACUAUUCUUAGUUGUAAAAAAUGAAAUUUUAUGUUUUCUGAAAUAUGCAUAGAUUGGUCAAGAAUUGUAAUAACAGACUUUCAUGGAACAAGCAUUCUUCAUGUAGCAAUAUACAGUGGUUGACCAUGCCAUGUGACUAUAGUCAGUUUCAUGGUAUUAGUCAUGUGACUAUAGUCUGUUUCUUUGAAUGUAUGAUCAAACGUUUACCGAUGUGUCGAUUUUAAUAGAGUAUUUGUAAAAAUCUGAUGUUAUCAAUGAAUGGGGGUGUGAAUUGGGAAUUCAUGUGUUAAUCUAAAAGUGAUUGAAUGCCUCAGUUUUAUUUCAUUUUGUUAUCAGCUUUAAGUCAUCAUUGAAUGAUUAUAAGAUUAUUUCAUAUGGUUCUAUAGUCUAUAUCAUUGAAUGAAUUAUUGACUGGAAUUUAUAGUCUGUUUCACAGAGUAAAUGAGUAAAUGAAAUGAUUGUAUGUUUUGAAUGUUAGUUUUGCUAUCGUAUUGUAUAUUUGGAUGGUUGUUAUGUUAAUUUUUAGUAAUGAAUACAUGUACGAAAAACUUUAAAAAAAUCAUAAUUGCAGUUCGAAUGUUGUAGCUUGGAAUUUCAUCAGUUCCUAAGAACCAAGAUUAGUUGAAGUUAUGCACAUUCCAUGGAAAGACAUAUUAAAAUUGUACUUGCUGGUGAAUCAAAGCCAAUGGCAGAAAAGGAAAAGGAAAAUAUAAGUAUAACUGAUGAUACAACCUUUUGCAGGCCGAAAUAAAACUACACAAGUCUGUUAUAUUUCAUUUUACAUUUUUGAAUUAACAAAAUAUCAUUCUGUUCAAAACUUUUUGGUUCUUUUCUUUGGAUCUUACCAAAUUAUUUUAUUACAAUGAGGGCCUGAAAGAUCUGUGGCUCCCAUAUUACUGUACUUGUAGUAUUGGACUUUCUUUUUCACCACCAUUAUCACUUUUUCAGGUAUACAGGGAUUAAAUAUAACCUGGAUAAUUGCAUGUUUUAGGGAUAACAAUGUCAAGUUUAUAACAGAUAAUUUCCUGAUAUUUUAUAUCACAGUUUAUAGAUUAUUGAAUAUAAAUUAUGACAUAGAGUAAAGGACCUCAAUUCUAAAUAUAUUCUAAUAAAAAGUAGACAAUGUUGAAUCAGGACGACAUGUUUUGUUUUACUGUUAAGGAUUCUAAAUACAUUCUAGUAAAAAGUGAACGCUGUUGAAUCAGGAUGACAUGUUAUAUUGUUAAGGCUGACAGUCAUAUCAUUUACCCUGUUUCUUUCAUGUUUAAAGAGGCAUUUUAAUGGGAGUCAAACUAUACAGGACUUUCUAGGGCUGUUCAAGAAAAAAAAAUUGUAUGUGGAGGUGGGGCAGAAGUCACUUUAUUUCAUUCUGCCAUGCAUAAAAUUUUAAUUGACUAUAAUUUUCUUAUGAAUUAACCACCACCAUCAAAAUUUUUAAGAAAUGCAUUCUGACCCCCCAUACAAUCAAUUCUGGAACAGCCCUCAAAAACAGAUGGCUGUUUAUAAAGUUUUUUGUUUUCAUGUACAGUAAUGUUCAUACGGAUGUAUAAUAUGGAAUGUAUUUAAACAAAUGUCCAUAAUUUAUUAGAUUUUUUCUAACAAUUCUUGCAUGUGUUUUUAUUCUGAUUACUAUAACAUGCCACCUUAUUGUACAGAUUUUUAUCAGACCUGUUUACCUGAUCAUAAUCUAAAGCAUUAUGGGAAAAAUUGUCAAAAUCAUACAUCAAAACUUUCUAAUUGGUUCUCAAAAUCUUAAAAGAAAGAUAUUCGUCAAAUUUUUUAUGGAUUUAAGGUCUAGGAGCAGAUCCAGUGGUCAAGGAAAGAGCAGCUUAAUUGUCCAUAAUGGAAAAAAUGGUCAAACAUUGAGAAAAAAUAAUUUUAAGUGAAUUUUUUUACCAAAGAAGGAUUUUUCGGAUCACCCAUCUGAAUCCACCACUGAGAGCAAUGCUAUUACCCAUACUCUUUUAGAUUCAGAAAAGGUGAAUUUACUUAUCACACAUUAAGGUGCGCAUGUAGUUGAUGGUGCUUGAAAAAUAGAUCUGAUCAUGUUAACUUACUAGGGCAAACAAAAUGGCAACCACAUUAAAUAUUCUGCAAUAAUAGCAUUGAAAGCUAGAAAGUGAAGCAUUAGAAAUGAUAUUAUAAACCUUAUUGAAGUCACAAUUCUGAUAUUAUAGUAAAGAUUAUCAAAAUCUAAUUUUUAUGACGGUCAAGUUUUUGAAAGGUUAACAGUGUUCUUAUAACAUUAACUGUAUUUCUUUAAAUGUCAGUAUUUAUUCACAGAAUUUUAUGUUUCAAAGAGGCAUUAUUUAAUUUCAACAUUGAAACAUGAACUCAUUCCAUUGGCUUUAUAAUGUGUAUGAUUUGUACUAAGGGAAGUAACUGUGUGAAGGAAGAUAACUGAAUGAGAAUUCUCUAAAAUGGGAAAAUAUGUCUUUUUUUAAAUAGUGAUUUGUACAUAGUUUUAUUAAUAUAUUCAUGGAUUAAAUGUGGAUUGUAUGUUUGAAUAAUUGUGUUUAAUAAAUGGUUGAUAUUUGUGUGACCAGAAUGAAAAUUUCAUCUGUAUGUAAGAAUCUGUAAUUGGUUGAUAGGUUUUUGUAAGAUGCAGAAUCAUUCAUUUUAUCAUUCUUUACUAUUAAAAGGUGCAUGUCAAAAUUUCUUAUAGAAUUAAUGUAUAAUACCAUCCAUGCAUGUGUAACACUUAUUAUUCUGUAAAAAACACAAAAAUGUACAUGUAGCAUAAUGAUACAUUUGUUUCUAGUCUGUACAUGUGUAACACUUACAUUUUCGAACCAAAUGUACACAUGUAACACUGUUAAUGCUAAAGUUUUAAAAAAUUCAUACAUGGUUUAAUUUAAUACAAAUGUUCAAAAUGUUUACACAUGCCUAAAACAGUUAUUGCUGUUAGGUUAAAAUGCAUGUGUAUUCAUAUGCAGCUUUGUUUAAACUUUAUUUUUAGAGGACAGACAACAUAUGUUAAUUGAUUGUAACAUAUAUACAUCAGUGUGAAUAGAUGUGUUUUGGUACAUGUGUUAACAUUACUGUAGUAAUUGUGUUAAUGGGUAUUGUUUGAAAUGAAGUUUGAAGUUUUAGCUUUUCUGAGAGUGGAAACAGUUCAACCAUGAAUUUAAGUGUUGGACUAAGUACAAAUUUCUCCUGGCUUGUAUGCAGAAUUGAUCAAAACUAAGAUAUUUAUAGUUUGUACAGAACUUAAAAUUUAUGAUUCACUUAAAGCAGGAAAUUGACAAAUAAUAAUGAACCCACAGUACUAACAGUACUACUAAGAAAUUAAUCAAGUUGUCAAAGGACAUUCUUUAAAUAUAUGUAAAGUUUUUAAUGAUUAAGCGUUGAUAAAAAGCUGUUCAUUUAGUGAAAUGUUGAAGAAUUUUCUUGUCAAUACACUUUUAAAAAAGAUGUUAAUACAUGUACAGUGCUGGUAAUACAUUUACAGUAGUGUUAAUACAUGAACAAAACUGUUAAUAGAUAUACAGGUGUUUAUUUAUGUACAGUAGGGUUAAGAAAUUACUGAAGUCAUGCACAGUUGUUUUAUCACAUGUACAGAAAGGUAAUACAUGUAUCAUUUUGGCUGUGUUAACACAUGUACCAAUAAGUAAUACAUGUAUCAUUUUGACCAUGUUAACACAUGUACCAAUAAGUAAUACAUGUAUCAUUUUGACCAUGUUAACACAUGUACCGUUAAGUAAUAAAUGUAUCAUUUUGGCUGUGUUAACACAUGUACCAUUAAGUAAUACAUGUAUCAUUUUGGUUGUGUUAACACAUGUACCGUUAAGUAAUACAUGUAUCAUAUUGACCAUGUUAACACAUGUACCGUUAGUGAAUACAUGUAUCCUAUUGGCCAUGUUAACACAUGUACCGUUAGUGAAUACAUGUAUCAUAUUGACCAUGUUAACACAUGUGCUGUCAGUGAAUACAUGUAUCAUAUUGGUCGUGUUAUCACAUGUUAUAGAUGGUAUAAGCAUUUGGUUGAUACUAGUCAUUUACAAUAUUCUUAAAAGGUUUGUUGCUUCCAUUAUAAAUGUUCACACACAAGGUUUAAUUUAUUGUCACUUUUUUCCUUUAUUGUCAUAUUAGAUUUGUCCUGAAUCAAAAUAAUGUAAAACAUACAUUGAAAUUAGUAUCUACUAGACAAUUGUUAGAUGCUGACCACAAACAUAUAUCAGAAAAAUUAUAUCUCGGUAGAAUUGAAAUUUUUAGUAAAAGCAGAAGGAAUUCUUUGGUUUUGAAAUAUUGAUGAAUUCACCUGCUUAAGUCUUAAAGGAUUGAAAUUAGAGUCUUGAUAAAAUUCCUUGUUUCAUGUCAGAAUUCGAAAAAUAACUUUUUGAAUAUAUUCUUUUAAAUUGUUAAAGAGUAUUUUGUGAAGUUUCUUAAAUAAGAAACCAGAUGCAGUAUCCGUCUUUGUUAUUUUAGGCUUUGAAGAUCUAGUCAUCUUUGAUUGUCCAAAUUUUUAUGGAUAACUAAAGUCAUUUUUUUUUUUAUGGGAACAUAUUUUUACAAAUGCAUUAAAGUGCUAAGAAUUUAAAGAUAUUUUUAACAUUGUAUAUAAAAGAAAUAACAAUUUGGGAAAAUGUUUAACAGUUGAAUCCUGAAUAGUAUAAAUAACAAUAACAAGGAAUGGAAAACUUGGCAUUGAGGUAGAAAAUAUUGAAAAUUGUAAGUAGUCAAUGACAUCAAAUCUAAUUGGAGCUAUUUCCGCAAAAUAAGAACAUUUUCAAAAUUAUUGGAUAACAGAUAGAUUGUUUAUUUUCUGUAAAUCUGAUUCUCACAAGUAAGUUACUGAUAAGGUAUUGUAACAAAAGAAUCAUCAAAAUAUGAAACAAAAAAUUUUAAACUAGUAUUAUUUGUUAAUAUUUACAGAUAUCUAUGUGUCCAUUUCCUUGUAUUACUAAUUGUAUUUAUAGGGUUCCUCUGUUGAUAAAGAAACUGCCGAGAAGUUUUAUGAAUAUUUAAAUAGCAGCUUUAACCUCAAUCAAAUAACUAAAAAUAACAUUUGUAAUUACGGCUUAGUAGAAAAAAUUUAUUCAAAUUUAUCAAUGCACUAACAGACUAGCCAUCUUUUUUUCUGUGAUUUUAUAAUUUUGGCAUUUUUUUUUACAGUAACAUGACUGAAACAUAUUGCUAAGUUAAAUGAACAACUGAUAUGAUGUUCUUUUUACAAAUAUUUUACAUUUAAAAAAUCAUUAUCUUUACAGCUUUGAUCUUGUGCAAUAUUACCAUGUACUAAAAACAUUUUGUACAACUGUGUAUAGUUAGUCUAGCUAGUAUUGGACCAAUAUUGUAUUUUUUAGGUUUUCAAUCCUGUUUCAUAGAUUUUUUAAACUUCCUAUUAUUUUAUAAAAAGAAGAAGAUGGAAUAAUUAUUUCUAGUAUCAUUAACAAUUAUACGAUCAUUUAAGAUGGAGAAUGUCCAGUGCAAAAUUUUUGAAACAGGACUGAGAAACUAAAAAAUUACUCUAUGUGGCCUAAUAUAAUCAUUUUGGUGGAGAUUUUUUUCCUUUACACCUUUUGAAUCUUCCAUGUUAUCAGAGUAUGUAUGAGUGUAUAUUUUUUGUUAAUUGUCUCUUUUAUACUUAAAGCUUUGUGUAUGAUUUUAAUCAGCAGACAUUAUAUAGAUGGUACAUCCAUGGAUGAUAGAUGAUAAAAACAAAUUCCUGACUUGUUAUAUUAAACAUUGAAUCUCU